AUGGCCACCACCUCCGUCGCCGUCGCCGCCGCCUCCCCCCACCCCUACCUCUCCCGCUCCCGCUCCCGCCGCCGGAGCCCCAGCGCCACCUCCAGAGCCUCGGUUCGGGGUCGCCUCCCGCCAAUCCGGUGCUCGUCCGCCUCCUCGUCGCCACCGCCGGCCACCGGCGGCGAGGAGGGAGAAUCGGGGCGCGGGCGGCUGUCUAAGCAGUCUUCGUGGGAGGCGAAAGACGCGGAGGGGGACGACUACCUCUACCGCCUUGGGAAGGAGGCGGACAACUUGAACGUCACCGUCGGCGCACGGUCCGGCAUCGUCGAUGACCUCUUCGUCGGAAACUUCCUCGGGAAAGACUCGGAUAUUGUGUUCGAUUACCGGCAGAAGGCAACUAGAACAUUCGAGUACCUGCAGGGGGAUUACUACAUCGCACCCGCCUUCCUCGAUAAAGUUGCUUUUACUUUUGCUCUUGCACUUGGCGUGGUAAUUACUGGUUGUGAUUCUACUGAGAAAUGUAUUAAAUGGGAGUGGUUAGCAUAA